ACACAAGGAGGGGGGAAAAUAUAAAAGAGGAACACAGGAAACGGGAGGGAAAAUCGAGGAGGGAAGUAUCAUAUUGUUAAUUUCGCUCUCAGUCUACCAUCCCGGUAGCGGGGCUUACUGCUCGGUGCGUCUUCGAGAGAAGAGAGAGAGAGAGAGAGAGAGAGAGAGAGAGAGAGAGAGAGAGAGAGAGAGAGAGAGAGAGAGAGAGGAGGCGGUGGACAGCGCGAAAGAGGGCGGAAUGCCCCUUUACAAGCGUCGCAUCUGACUAAAACAGCGGAGAAGCUCGUAAAUCGGAAAUUGGACAGAGGGAGACAGUGAUUUCUGCAACGCCAAGGGGAUGUCGGAGAGCUUCAAGAGAGUCUCCACAAAUCCGACAGUGGGUUCAAAUCCAUGCUGAUGUGUUGGCAAGACCACGAAAAAAUGAUGCAUUCCAGUUGGAGCUAAAUGACUAAGAGCUCAACUCUUUUCACAACUUGAAGACAAGAAAAAAUGCUACUUGUCUACAGGCUCCUGUUUGUAGUCUUGGAAACAUUAGGAAAAUAACAAGCUAAAGGUUAUGCAUGUACUGCAGGCAUAACUCUGCAUUCCCCAGCCAAAUCUAUUUGCAAAGUAAAUUUAGUGUCUCCGCUCUGGCUUGCAAAGUCGACAUGGCCCAAAACCUCAAGAGUCAAGUUCAAUAAAGGGAAAGUGAGAGGGGUGGGUGUCGCUCAGUAAUACAUGGGCACGUCAGUCUGGUCUCUGUGAUCCAGACCAAGGCACCCUGCAGAGUCCCUCGCGUUCCUUUAUUGCCGCUGGCCCCUCAGCUUCCUCUUUCUCAGUUCACACCUUGCAAAAGGUGGACGGGCCAACCCUCUACUUACCCGGGCGCCGUCCGAUAGGCAAGGGCGGCGAGGGCUGCGCUGUCAUUGGCUGACUGCUGGUGAGAGUGCGAUGCGGAUUGGAGGAUGUCGGGGGACUGGGAUGAAGACCUGUGUAAGAAGGCGCUGGUGUUGGUGGAGGAGCUGUGCUUCAACUCCCCGAGAGGUUACAGCCAGAGUGAACGCUGCCAGGAGUUCAGCUACCUGCUGAGAGGUCGCAACAGACAGGUGGACACAGAGAUCUCUGUCAGCCUGCUAUCGGUCAUUGUGACAUUCUGCGGCAUCGUCCUCCUCUCUGUCUCCCUCUUCGUCUCCUGGAAGCUCUGCUGGCUGCCAUGGAGGGACAAGGAGGGCGGAGGCCUGAGCCUGACAUCGGGGUUGCUGCCCGGAAGCGCCGGUGUCGGAAGCCUUGGAGGCACCGGGGGCUCGUCACUCUUACCCCCCUUGCUGCAGAGGAAGGAGGGCCACUCCUCGUCCUCGCUCUACCCCUCUCUGGGCCAGCAAGGCCAGCACCACCCCCAUUUCUCUGACCUGGUGGGGCUGGAGAGGGGGGAGGUCGGAGGUGUGGUUGGGGGUCCACAGGAGACCCAGGAGCCCUCCUACUUGGAUAUGGACUCCUACCCCAACAAUGCUGGAACUCUGAAGCUGAGUCAGACGUCUCCAGAUGUCCCCAACUCAGAGGUUGGAGCCCAGCCCGUUAAAGACCUGCCCAAUGCUCAUUCUCAGCAGCAGGUCACCUCCCGGCCCAAGCCCAUGACUCACCAGCUCUCCAGUCCUGAUUUCCACGGCGAGGAGAAGGAGCAGGUGACUAGCAUUGGGCAGAUCAAACCGGAGCUCUAUAGGCCCAAGGGCGACCAGGGCGAAGGCAAACAGGGCGACAACUGCGGCAAGAUCAGCUUCCUCCUGCGCUACGCCUUUAAUACGGAGCAGUUGGUGGUGAAGAUCCUGAAAGCUUUGGACCUGCCAGCGAAGGAUGCCAACGGCUUCUCUGACCCGUAUGUGAAGAUCUACCUACUGCCAGACAGGAAGAAGAAAUACCAGACUAAGGUCCACAGAAAGACCUUAAACCCAGUGUUCAAUGAGACGUUUCAGUUUGGCGUGCCGCUGAAUGAGCUACAUUCCAGGAAGCUGCAUUUCUCUGUGUACGACUUCGACCGCUUCUCCAGACACGACCUGAUCGGCCAGGUAGUGGUGGACAACCUGCUGGACUUCAGCGAGGGCAGCGGGGACAAACCCGUCUGGAGGGACAUUGUGGAAGGCACCGCGGAAAAGGCUGAUCUCGGGGAGCUUAAUUUCUCGCUGUGUUACCUGCCCACUGCAGGCAGGCUCACUGCUACAGUCAUCAAGGCCACCAACCUCAAAGCCAUGGACCUGACUGGCUUCUCAGACCCGUACGUGAAGGCCUCUUUGAUCUGUGACGGGCGAAGGCUAAAAAAGAGGAAGACUUCCAUUAAGAAGAACACACUGAAUCCCACGUACAACGAGGCGCUGGUGUUUGACAUUCCCAAUGAAAAUAUAGAAAGUGUAUCCAUCAUCAUUGCUGUGAUGGACUAUGACUGUAUUGGCCAUAACGAGGUUAUAGGGAUGUGUCGCGUGGGCAGCGAAGCUGACGGUCCAGGGAGGGAGCACUGGACAGCCAUGCUGGCCAAUCCACGCAAACCAAUAGAGCACUGGCAUCAGCUUGUGGAGGAAAAAGCAAUUGGUACAUUUGUGUCAAAGACUGCUACAGCAUCCUCCCCUAAGCCGCACAUCGUGGUGGACAGUCCUCACUCCGAUUAAAACUGUCAUUACCAUCUCUCCAGCUCCAGACUUUCCUUUCUUUCCUCUCAUCUGUGAAUAAUUCUCUCCAUCAAAGAAAGAGACGCAGAGACACUGCUAGUGUCCAACUGCUAGUGUGGUCUUGCUCCUGCUAAUGAAUCCUCCAAGUCCUGUGCUGAAGCUGGGGGGAAGGGGGGGGGGGGAAUAACAUCCAUCACAUCCUACACUUUGAGCAUCACACUCCACAUUUACAAACACAUGCAGACACUAAAUGGUACCGUAGGACUGAUUUUGGCUGUAAAUUUGUGAUCUAGCAAGGGAAUGAACAAACAUAACACACACACACACACACACACACACACACACACAAAUACACACAGAGUUUGUAGUAUGUGCGUAGUUCAUGUGUGCUUCAGAUUAGUGUAGUAUUUCAUCUACGAGGAGUGUGAUGUGACAAACUUUUCUCUCUUGAAAAGAAAAAAAAAGAAAAAAAAGAAAGCCAUCCUAGAAUGGUCAUUUCAACCAGGACCAAAGGUUCAUGCCCUUGUACAGACUAUAAAAGAAGAAAAUCACUAUGUCGAUAUUUUUCUUUGCAAUAUUGGUGUACAGUAUAUGCCGUACUGUAUGGGAAAACAUCUCACAUAGUACAUAGUAGGACAAAACAUUCGAGGAGGAUUCUCCCGGCCAUUUUGGACGCCUUCUCCAGGCUUCGCAUCCUCUUGUUUCAGACUUAACUCGCUUAUUUUCCCCAGAGGAAAGACGACAAAGCGUCCAUUGGUCUUUAUUGAUGUCAGAGGAGCAAUAAAGGAGGACAGACUAAUUGGUUUAAGCAUGUUACGCAACCUUGAAAUGUGUCCCUUUUCCUCAUGCUUUUUGUCACCAUUCUCAUGGUGCUCAUCAGUAUCAAUAUCUCUUUGAUUAUUUUUGCUCUGUUGUUUGUGUGAUACAGUACACAUAUAACCAGGAAUCAGGAAAGGAGUUUAUUCAUGCCAUUUUAACAGUCCACUGAGGAUGCGAUGGUGUGAUCUUCCGAGAGACUGGCUUUCUGGCUAAACCAGCAGACUUUUCCUAAUGUAGGACUACACAGGUUGAAUGAAACCUGCGUUUAGGAUCGGACCAGCAUCUGUUUGGAGUGCAUUCGCCAAAGGAUGUAUCCCACAGGAAAGGAUAUCACCACUCUAUUUUAUUUUUCUAUCAUUCCAGAACUUUUUUUUCUUUUCUCAAGAAGUCAUCAUCCAGCUUCAACUGAGAAAAUGAUUAUCUUCAAGUCCACAUCAUGUCCCUGACAAGACUUUAGAAGGACACACACGUCUGUGUUGCUUUUAUUAGUGUGUGUUUCCGUGUUUGUGGGCGUGUUUGUUUUGUAUUUGUGCGCGUCUGUGUGUGUGUGUGUGUGUGUGUGUGUGUGUGUGUGUGUCUGUGUGUCACUGUGACCUUGUGUGUGACACGUUUCUGUGCUUACUCCCUACCUCGUCCCUUUUCACUCUUCGCCUCCCUCACUUCCCAAAUCCCGGCAUCCACAGACACAGAAAUGCUUGUCUCUGGGCCAAUCGUGUCUUCUGUCCCGUGUCUUAACAAGGAGCCAUUUUUUGUGUGUGUGUGUGUGUGUGAGAAUGUGUGUGUGUGUACUAUACGUGCCUCAUUGCACUAGGUGGGGACAACACUGUCUUUCAUAGACAUUAGUUUGUAUUGUCUAUGUUGUCUCUGAAAUCAGCUGCCAAUCAUUCAACCCUCCUCUCCUCUCUAACCCUUGCCUGAUGUAAGUAACUGUGUUGAUCGUGUACUUCUUUCAGUAAUUUGUGUACUGUAUGUCCAAGGGGGAAAAAAACAGAUGGCACAGUGAUUAAAAAUUGAAUUGUUGGGUGUGUUUUGAUUAAAUUUACAAGAAAGGAACGUGAAAAAAAAUGAAGGAAAAAACAAACAAACAUUUGAGGCUUAUUUUGUAUGGCCUACAGAUCAUGACAAAUUUAGAUCCCCCUUAAAGCAAGGCAACAGAGAGGUGUUGUGAGAAAAAAAGCGCCUGUGCACUUCCUGUGUAAACCGAUACAGACUUAUAAAGCCAUGUCUGUCACCGCUACUACGACUACUACUGUAACCUCAGCAAAACAACAGUACAACACCUCACUACAGCUACUUGUAUUGCUAUUAUUGCCAUUUCUUUCUCAUCCUCUCGCACACACACGUCUAUGUUGGAGUGUGUGCAUGUUUCAGGGUAGGGAUCUAGUUUCUUUAUAUUUACCUUUUGUCCGUGCAGGUGCAGUGAGAAUUACCGGUGUGCUUGAUCAGGUAUAUGGGGGUGGGGGACACAUUCCACAUCAUACCUGCAGGUAUUCUGUGUGGUUUGUCAGCUGGGGGAUUAUUGAUCAGCUUGACUAAGUAUGAUAUAUGGUUGAGAUAUGGUAUUGAUCUAUUGGUCUCGAGGCCCAAUAAGUCUCUCUUUCCCAGGCUCUCUAUCUCUCUGCUUGUUUCUACCCUAUUUAGCCCUUGUGUUACUGCCUGGUGAUAGAUUAAAAAACUCACAGUGGAACCAGCACAUCCCUUUAUUCUCUUCCUCCCUCUGUCUGCCACCUCCCUCUCUUUCUGUUUUUGUCCAUCUGAUUACUGUCUGAUUACUCAUUCUUUACUCCAGCCAUCCUUACCUUCCUCUACCUCCCCCUCACACCUAUCCAUUUCUCCCUCUAUUUUUUUUAACUCUCCUCCCCCCACCCCACCUUCCAGCUCCCUCUGCUAUCUCACAUCCCUCCAUCUUGCCCUCUUUCUUUCUGUGUAUGACACCCCCCCUUCCGUCCUCUCUAUUCUCUCUCGCUGUCUUCUCGUGUUAGUGCAGUUCUGAAUGGUCAUGGGAAAACAUGUUUGCAUGCUUAUAUUAACAUGAAUGAUGUCAACUUGAUGCAAUGGAAAAUUAUAUAAGUGAUGCUUUAAGCAAAAUCUGACAAUGAACUUGAUACUAAUACUACUAAUGACGACUAAAUGGAGACCUAGCAAUUGUUUAUCUCUGUGGUCAAAAACAAUGAUGAAAUAAUUUUGUUUAUGCUGUAUUUAUCUCAAAUUGGUAUUCUUUUUGAUUUUCAAUUGUUUUUUAUAUAUAAAAUUUAUUCAAGAGGUUUAAUUUUUUUAUUGGUUAAAGCUGAGAAUUUGAGUGAGGGGUUCAGUCAGGGUGAUUGUUUGAGUCAGGAGAGCUGUACCAGGUCGCAGGAUAUCGAUGAAUGUGUAAGUAACAGUGUGGCUGAAGCAAUGAUAAUGGAAAUAAAGGAUAUGUAUCAUCCAA